GAACAAUACAUUUUGACAAAAGCGUGGAUGCGAAAGCUUUCUCAAUCUUGUCCGCUGCCAUCUGUGCCCCGUUCUCUUCGUGUUUACUCGUUGACCGCCGCGCUUUCCGCCCCUUCCCUGUUUGCUUCGUACAGGGCUGUGCUCUCGCAUCCUGUAUAUUCAAGCAACGCACUUCACUUUACCUGGUUCCUAACCUGUCCCGCAACAUGGCAUCGGACUUUUACCUGUGCUUGGAAGCAUAAUCACUGAACUGCCGGCUGUUCCUGGGUCACUCUGCCGGCCCAUCGACGCCUCCACGCGGCACAUUCGCCUUAGCCAUGGACGACCAUGAUGCAAUAGGCGAGACGGAGCAAACCCGACCUUUGCGUGCACCGUGCUUGGAGUCACUCCUCGCAGAGCGUGAUGUCAAGGCAGGCACCGCGCAGAACCGAUCACCAAGUCGUAAACGUCCACGCCUAGAUAGUGGUUCUCGUUCAAUAAGGAGCGGGUCAGCUGACCGAUCCUUGUCCGCACCCGACAAGGCUGUAGGUGCCGACAACGACUCUGCAAUGUCUGUCGACAGUCAGCCUCUAACUCCGACUUCAAAUGGCACGCCAACAACUGGCCCUGCUUUGACGCCCUCUCGCGUCACCAUCAACGUCCGCGAGCGGCUGGAAGGCGCGGCAACCCCAACGUCCGACGGUCGCCACCCCUCGCCUGAACGGCCUUCCACGCCAAACACCGUCAACGGCAUGGAUGGAUCCACACCUGCGCAGGAGACAAACACUGACAGCACUGCUUCGCCUCAAAGUCAAGCUUCUAGCCCUGUCAUCGAAAUCGCGGACGAAGCUUCCGGUCAAACAGACGAGAUCGUCGCCGAGAUCCACCUUGACAACGAUGACUCCGAUGAAGAACGUGUUGCCGCGUUGCUGUACAGGUUUCCGUACGGUCCGAACGGACAGUACUGUCGCGGGGCGGAGCUGAUCGCUGAUGAACAAGAAAGGGCCAUCAAUUUUGAAGUCCUUGCUCAUCUUGAUACAUGGCUCCAAGAACUUCUGUCGUGCAUCAGCGCCGGCUCUCGGGUAUGGAGCCACGUUUUUUACGAGCACUGCCCACUGUGGGAAACUAUUAUCAAAACAUACAGUAAGCUCUUCAACCGCGGCGUCUUGAAACAACAGAACGCAAUUGCUCCGGAUGUGGCGGAGAAAUACGCUAGAACCUUCCUCACUACAUUUAUGAGGCUUUCAGGAUGUAUUCUCCAGGUCGACGCCCAAUUCCUCGAAUUCGAUCCCCCCCUUGAGGUUGAGCGUUUGAUCCUCUUGUCGCCUAAGAUUGUCAACGCGGCAAGACUACUGCUGCGAGAUGACAAAGGCUUCAUCGCGAAAGUCAUUCCGACAUUGGGCGUCGAUCCGAAUGAACUACGCGCAUAUGCGAUUAAAUGUUUCAUCGAGGCUAAUGCGCACACACACAUCGCUCGAAUCAUCUGCCUGAAUCUCAGUAGCUCAUGCAGAGACGAGGCAUUCCUUCAGAAGAUCGUGUCGUUCAUCUCAUUCACCCAGAGCCUCAGCGCGUAUGCAGCAUUCUACCUCGAUCGACAUGAAGGUCUGCCACAGCCGAUGGCAGAUGACUUUGCAACAAAGCUGCUAGAGAUUUUUGACACCGCAGAGAGGCAGCUUCUCAGCUCGCUGGACAAACAACAAGAUGUUCUGAAUCUGGACAUGCGCAAGAUGCUUUUUGAACGUGUAGCAAACAUUCUCAAUAACAUAUUCAAUCUCAGCCCACGAAGAUCGUCAGAACUCUUUCUUCGAAUGACCGGGAGCACAUCAAAUCGAUUUGAAGAAUACCAAAACGCUCUGUCGGUCACCCUGUGGAAAUUAAAACUCAUGCAAACAUAUAUGACGAAGGCCCGCAUGGAUCUCAGACUUCUUGGGGUCGAUACCUUGGCGAAGGAGCUAGUUGAUUUCUACAAUGGCUUCAAGAUCAACUCUUCAUCACUACGCACCAGUGAUCCCGGACCUCUUCUCUGUUUUGUAGCCGAUUUUUUGCUCCGGGAGAAGAUUACCAACUUUUUGUUCGGCGUUGCAACGCACCCACAGCUCAUUGCUCGAAGUCACAAUGUCAUCGGGUUUCUGGUCAUCACCAACAAUUUCUCCAGACAACAAGCAGAGCUAAUGUUUCGGACGAUCAUGGAUGGGCAAGAUCCUCGCGUUGUAGCAGCGACCUUGUCAAUCCUGGCUAGCUUGAUAAAACAGCUCACAAAUUUCGAGGAGAAUAUCAUGAUCAGCGAAAUGUUUUUAUCGGAAUCUGUAGCAUUGAUGAGCCCGCAAGCGACUGAAUUGUGGGUGGAGCUGCUUGCCAAACUGCAACAGGGUUACCAAGACUACCAAUUCCGCAUCCAGGAACCAAACGAGCGCUUCUUGAGAGUACCACCUGAACUCUGCAUUGAACUGAUGCGUGUGUUCUCCCCAACUAGACCGCAGACAGGAUCCGUCCGACAUGUAUACGAUCAAGCUAGUGAGGUCCUCACGGCGAUCGGAGGCAUUAUUCCUGCGAACAUCCGCACACAGCUCUACGAGAGAUGCAUCGUCAAUAUGCAAAACGCUUCAGAAGACGGAGCAUCAUCUUCACAAGCUAUCAAUAAUAUGCUCCGCCACGAACAUAAAAAAAUACAGUCCCGUUUGCGAGAAAUGCGAUUAGCCCAAAUCUUGCUGGAAAAUUUUUGCAAGUUUGUAGAGGACCAACGCACGCUCAAUAUCCGCUUGAAUACGCAACAGCUUAGCUACCAGAUUUUGCCUCGAUUAGACUUGAUCUGGUUUAUUGUCCCACUAGACGAGCAGGGGAUCGACCAGCACUUGCUGAAGUGUUUCUGGAGCCAUCUGGUUGGUAACGAUGCACUCAGUAACACUGCUCGCGAUGUCGCUUGGCAGAGACUGUCCACGAGCACAUUCAAUCCGGCCAUUGACAAGGGAUUCCUUGAGCGACACCAAGAAUUGCUUCUGCCCACACAAAUAGAGCCAAAGUUCUUUACUGCAGGAUUCUUCCAAUUUCUGCAGAAGUUAGCCACAACGAGACGGCGAUCCCAAGCUUUGAUUGAGCUCAAUCCGGAUGGAACGAUUAACAUGCCCGGCCUGGACCUCAUAUGGGAUGCAUUUCUUCGUGCACCGAAGGGUGUUGGAGAAAAUAGCACCUUACAAUACCUUAUCGCUCGCUACUUAGAGGAUUCGUGGAUCCAGCGAACAAGUCGGGAUGCUGUGGAAGCCACGCAUGUUGCUCUUGUGGAUCAAAGUAUCACCCGUCUGAAGCUAGCAUAUACAGUUCUCCGUCAGAGAGGCUCUGAUGCAGUGAGUGGCAUCGACUCCGGCACGGGUGUACUGACCUCGGUAUCAUCCUGCGAGGAAGCCGAGUCAACGUUCCUGCGAAUGAUGACAUUUUUAAAGAGGUUUCUUCUUCACAUUCGUACAUUGAAAGACUAUCGUCCAAAAGUCUCUGAAGUCAUCGAUCUCUCCAAGGAUUCAAAACCGGAAAUACGCCGCGGAAUGCAGUUUUCUCUUAAAUGCGAAAUCAAUCGUCAAGGUCAGAAAGCCGCCUCAAGGAUUCUUAUGAUGGGCACUCAUGAUACUUGUCGUCAACUCUACCGUCGUAUCUGCUCGAUGUUAAACGAAUACAACGUCACUUCAUUUCAAGUAAUUGGAAGUGGGAGGCGACUAUCUCUGUGCCAACAUCCGAGAAUGACGCUCGAAGACGCUGGGAUCACUCGUUCACCUAUGUUAAUCAUUCGCGACGUCGCCAGUGGUGAAGAAGCACGAAACGACUACAUUAUACCGAGUCAACAAAGUCGUAGCGUUUUUGAACAGCAGCUUGUGGACAGGCUCGACGUUUUCUACAAGUUUCUCGACGGAGAUUGCAACGACGUCGCCAGUUCGAGCACUUACAUGUUGCUCAAACACCUACCGCGCUACCAGACCUUGAAAGAAAUGGUUUGUAGAAUCGACACUCCUGUCUCAGAGUUGUUCCCUUCUGGUCAAGUUUUCAAAAUCAGUUAUACUUUGGACUGUCUCCGUGACCUGCUAGAAGCAGACACAGUCAAUGAGGAGUUUUUGAUCCAAGGGACUCGUCUGGUAGAAUCGCUCUUACCCGAUGACAAAAUGCUCGCUUCAGCAGUAGCACCAAAUUGGGAGUUUGUGUGCGAAAUUGUCUCUUUGCUAUAUGACUUCUUCAUAGCUGGACAAGUCCAAGGUGUCAAUGUCUUUGCAGACGUUUCGUUCACGACGCGACGGCUGAUCGCGAUUUGUGCGAUUGCCAUUCCAGUAGUUGCCAACGUUGCCCUUGCUUGGGACUGUUAUGAGCUCAUCUUAGACCUGUUGUCAAAGUAUGAGAACGCUUGGCACGAAUUCAAAACCAACUCGAAGGUUGCUGCUAUCCACCAGGACCUGCUACUCAAGCAUCCAGUCAUAUCUGUACGGCGCACAACUUCUCAAAUAAUCCAGCGGAGAUUGCUUCAAUGGGGUUCGGCGUCACAAGUUACGCGUGAAGAGUUCGCAGGAUUCCUUUGGUCCAAUGUUUCGAAUAUUAUCCUCAUUGUCGAUGCGCUUCCACAACAAGCUGCAGAGAUCUUCGAUAUUGCAAUGUUUUUAUACAAGAACUUGUUAUCGGGUGAGAUCUUGGCUCUUGAGCAGAUUCAAACUUUCUUCGACUCGUGGAGAAAUAUGCUUACGAGCCAUGUUCACCAUGAGAUUGUGGGACGAGAUGAAGCCGACGUAAUCAUACGCGGGCUUGCAGCGUUAAUUCGAGAGACUGUCGCAAUGGUACCUAAUAUAGCAGAUAACUCUACCAAGAUUGAUCUCAUGGAAUCAUUGUGGUGGAAAUUUCUGUUUCAACCACAACCUCGUUCGAGCGAGGAGGCUGCACGCUUGGCAAGUCAAAUCCCAGCCUUGGAGACAGAGACACGUACAGAACUUGUGCAGUUGAUAUCGACACUCGCCACCGAUGAUGAGACUGUCGAUAUCCUGUGCACCCUUCUCGACGGUGUUGAAAUCCAACACAAGUUCAUGCAGCAGCAGAUCGACAGGCAAGGGCUUCUUAAGUCUCCGGCUGGCUACGUCGGACUGAAGAACCUGGGGCAAACCUGUUAUAUGAACUCCCUUAUCACAAAUCUGUUCAUGAAUCCGGUUUUCCGGGCCUUUAUAUUGGCCUGCGCACCACUUACACACCCCAACAAGUCACCUCUACUAUACGAGACACAGCGACUUUUUUCAUACAUGCAAAAUACCUAUCGUGGAUGCGCCAGCGCUGAGGAAUUUACAAAGAAAAUUGUCACUCUGACCGAAGAACGGAUAGAUGUGCGAGAGCAGAUGGACGUUGACGAAUUCAUGAACACACUGUUCCACCGUUGGGAAGAGCAGAUGCCGACAACAGAACACAAAAUGCGCCUCCGUUCAAUAUACACGGGCACAACGAUCCAACAAAUAAAGUCAAAAGAGUGCGAACACGUUUCCGAGCGCGAAGACACGUGUCUGGCAAUACCCUGCGAUGUGCAAGGCAAUGCGAAUCUAGACGAAAGCUUGAGAGCAUACACUUUGGGUGACGUGAUGGAAGGAGACAACAAAUAUAAAUGUGAGCGAUGCGACAGACUCGUCGAUGCUGUCAAGAGAACUUGCCUCAAGGACAUACCAAAUCACCUUAUGCUCCAGUUGAAGCGUUUCGCCUUUGACCUAGAGACUUACUCACGCAACAAGAUCAAUGACAAUUUUGAGUUCCCAACAACUAUCAAUAUGACACCGUACACAUUCGAACAGUUGGCCAACCCGGAUAAAUCGAUGGCAGAGGAUCUUUUCGAGCUCGUUGGCAUCAUUGUCCACAAGGGUCAAGCAGAACACGGCCAUUACGUCUCUUACAUCCGUGCCAGGCCCACGCCAGAAGGACAAGCGCCGACUUGGUUAUUGUUUGACGAUGCAGACGUCACCCUUUUUGAUGUUAAUGAUCUACCUGAGGCAUGUUAUGGGGGGCCUUCGAAGGACUCAGGACUGCUCUUUGCAUCUGCGCUCAAGUCUUAUAAUGCCUACAUGCUCUUCUAUCAACGUAAAUCCACCUUGAAUGAGCACCCAUGGGCUCCAGCCGACAGUACAAAUUCGCAAAAUGUGCCAAUCAUGCCGGAUAUGGAAGAAGAAAUCAAUGAGGAUAAUCGAGUUUUACUGAGGGACUACGCACUUUGUGACGAUUCUACCCGCGAACUUAUUCGCUCUCUGCUGCGGAAGCUUGACAAUCUUAGCCACAAUAGCGUCAUCCAUGAGCUCCAAUCGAAGGUACUGUCGCUCGUGUGGAAAUACAUGACCAGUAUCUGGGCUCGCACGAAAGAUCUCCCUAACUUUGAAGAAGCCAUGCAGCUCCUCCGGAGUGUCUGUGCCAAAUGCAACCGAUGCUGCUAUAUCUCAUUACGGUGGCUAAUCCAGAGCCAGCGCAGAGGCUGGAAUUUAGUCGAUGACGAGGACAUUCUGCGCGACAUGGUUCUACGAAUUACUCAGCCAAAAGUUCGACAGUUGAUGAGAAAUUUCAUUCUCGGGUGCCUCAAACAACUACGCACGAAUGUGGAAAUAUAUGGUGCAGACAUCUCAAAAGUGGAACCUCAAUUAAGUGGGCACGGUGCUAUCUCCAUCAUCACACGCCUUGCUCAGUUUAUACCGGACGACCUACGUUGGAACCUACGUGCCUGGGAGGAUUACUUUGGAUUGCUGGCCGAUAUAGCCGCUCUAGGACCCCAGGAGAGCUACGUCUUGAUUCUCGACGGUGCUCUUACUGCCAGCUUCGAGGCCUUGUUAUGCAAUGAAAACUACAGUCAUGCUAUCACACGUCUAUACCACGGCGUCAAUGAGACUUUAAAAAGAAAGGCUGCGCCAUCCUACAACCAACUCAUCCGUCUAGCAUCCAUCUUGUUUAACCACGUCAAUAUGCAUGCAGACGCCAUUCCAGAAGAGAGAGCGGGGCAUCGGUUGAAGCACUACGAAAAUGGUGGCGUACCAUGGACUGAUAACGAAGAAACCAUACUUCUUGACUUUAGAAAGACUGAAGGCGGCCUAAUGUGGUUGUUGGAAGUAUUCCAGAAAUGGAACUUCGAAAGUGAAGACUCCGCCCCCAGCGACAUAGUCCGCCUCCUUCUCAACGCAAAGUCUAGCGUUGUGCAUGGCGUCUUGGAAACUUUCAACAUUACAAUCAAAGAGUUCGAAUCUCGUUAUGCUGACCCCUUCUUGCGACUGGCAACGUGCAUACCCUUGUAUCUUGGGGAUCAAGCGCUUUUAGAGAAAUUCAUCGAGCUUAUGAAGAUAUGCUCCAUGAGCGCGAACGGAACCAACUCUCCUGGGGAGGACUAUUACGAUGGUCUUUACUGCGUACGCUUUUGGAAUGCCCUUCAUCAAAUUGCAAUUGGCAAUCUCGAAUCCAAGAUUCAAGACCCUCACUUCUUUGACAAACAUUUCAUAGAGGGCGCCCGUGAUUGGGCACCUCCUUUACUUGUCUAUAACAGAGACUACGAGGUUGGACGCAUGACCCAGCGCUUGGUCCAUGAUGCCUUUUUUGGCAAAGGUCAAAGCCUUGUCGAUGAUGACGUACGAGACAUUGCGGAGCAAGACGAGGCAGUAGCCUUCUUGUUCCAGGGCUGUGAACGACACGUGCGGAUGUGGCAAAGCAAUGAUGCACCGCCUUGGAGACAGUUCAUGCUACCUUUAUUCGCAGUCAUGCAGAGCGCUGUACAAUUUGCAGAAGCUGCCAUGGACGAGCUGGUUGGUCAGAACCCCGAGAUGCUUCGUGAGUACAGCAGAAUCAUCUCUAGAUUUGAAGAGGUCAAAAUAUGGUUCGAAAGCCUGCCUGUGCGCAGCAUGGAUGAUUUAGACCUUGCACCGUCUAAUGAGUUCGCAGGCGUGGGCUUGGAGCGAUUGGAAAAUGCUGAGGAUAACUUUGCCGAGGCUUCUGAUUUCACUGAGGGCUCAGACGAUGAGAUGAGACAUCUGCUGACGGUGGAUGCAGAUGGAUCAUGACUGUCCCAUUGAGCUAGAUGCAAGCAUCUCUCUCUUCCAAAGAGGUGACAGAUUUUGGAAGAGCUCCUUUUUGAACUUGUGAUAAGCCUAGCCAAGAACGUUCGUGCAUGGCGAUGCCGAGAAUCCGAGUGGAAGCUCUCAGAACGAAGGUGGACCGAUCAAGGAAGCUGUCUUCAGCUGCCCACAGCGAUUCACUACGCGUGGUACUUUUCCUUGUCAGCCUGUUUGAUUUCGGGACGUAUUUGACCAUUAGCGAUGGAGUUACGAUGAGAUGAGAUAAACGCAGUGCACUAGUCAGAAUCAUUCAUAGAUGCUCGGAAGAUGACCUGGUUCGCUUCUUUGACAAAAGUUGCUAGGACAUGUGAGAAAUGCCUACAGCCACGAUUUGCGCGUCUUUCGUCGAGGGUGAAAGAGUAUGAAGUCCUCUAUGAAAAGGUGACAUUGUUGAAGUACAAUAACAAAAGAAGUCCAAGGAAUACACCCAUCGGAGACGUCGACCUUUCUC